UCAAGAUUAUUCCCACUAUCUGUAUUCUGUGGUUUAGUUGCAAAUUCUCAGUUGACACUCUCUCUCACGCACCCACACACACACACGCGCGCGGCAAUAUGUCCGAUGAAUCGCCGGAAACAACCACCCCGCUCCUCCGCCGGCAAAUUGAUGGUUGGCGCCACCGUAUCACCAACUCCCUCCGCCUGAAGACCAGCCUCCUCUCCGAGCUGAGUGGCGCCGUCGGCGACCUAGGCACCUACAUCCCCAUAGUUCUGGCCCUCACCCUAGUCUCGAACCUCGAUCUCUCCACCACCCUCAUCUUCACCGCCCUAUACAACAUCGCCACCGGCGUCCUAUUCGGCACCCCCAUGCCCGUCCAGCCGAUGAAAUCCAUCGCCGCCGUCGCCGUGUCGGAGACACCCCAUCUGACGGUCUCCCAAAUCGCCGCCGCCGGCAUCUCCACCGCCGCCGUCCUCCUCUUCCUCGGAGUCACCGGACUCAUGUCCGUCCUCUACCGCUUCCUCCCCCUCCCCGUCGUCCGCGGCGUUCAGCUCUCACAGGGGCUCGCAUUCGCCUUCUCCGCAAUCAAAUACAUUCGGUACAAUCAAGAUUUCACCACAACAACAGCAACAAAAACCACCGAUCCCCGCCCCUGGCUAGGCCUCGACGGCCUCAUUCUCGCACUCACUUGCCUCCUCUUCCUAAUCCUCACAACCGGUGACGGGAAUAGCAACGAAAUCCGCAUAAAUAGCGAUGCACCAAUCACCCGCCGAACAAGAAUCCAAAAACGGCUCAAAAUUCUGUCGGCGAUCCCAUCCGCCCUUAUCCUCUUCCUCCUCGGCUUGAUCCUCUGCUUCGUCAACGACCCGUCUAUUUUCAACGAGAUAAAACUCGGCCCGUCUAAAUUCCACGUGUUGAAAAUCACGUGGGACGAUUUCAAGGUCGGGUUUCUACGGGGGGCGGUUCCACAAAUCCCGUUAUCCGUUUUGAACUCCGUGAUAGCGGUUUGUAAGCUCUCGGGCGAUUUAUUCCCCGGUACGGAAUUAUCCGCCACAAAAGUCUCGAUCAGCGUGGGGCUGAUGAAUUUGGUGGGUUGCUGGUUCGGGGCGAUGCCCGUUUGCCACGGAGCGGGCGGGCUGGCCGGUCAGUACCGGUUCGGCGGGCGGAGCGGUUUGUCGGUGGUGUUUCUUGGGGUGGGGAAGUUGGUUCUAGGGUUGUUGUUCGGGAACUCGUUUGUGAGGAUAUUGAGGGGGUUUCCGGUCGGGAUUUUGGGGGUGCUUUUGUUGUUUGCGGGGGUGGAAUUGGCCAUGGCUUCCAGGGAUAUGAAUUCGAAGGAGGAUUCGUUUGUGAUGUUGGUUUGCGCGGCGGUUUCGUUGACUGGUUCGAGCGCUGCGUUGGGUUUCGUGUGCGGGAUCGUUCUUUAUUUGGCGUUGAAAUUGAGGGAGAUGGACUUUUGUUUCUGGAAAUCUGUGUCUGGUUCUGCUGAUGAACAUGAAUCACUUCUUUGAGCAGCUAUUUGUAUAUUAUUAUUGAUCUGUAUAUGAAUCUGAAAAUGUUAAAUGUCGGUUUUAAUUUUACUAAUGCCGUUUCGACUUCAAAUGUGAUUUUGAUCCCUUUGCAGUCCAAAUUCGGCAAAAGACGAAACACAAAAUUUGUAAUUAUUUGGAUUUUGAAAAACACGGCGUACGUUCAUUUUCAUU